AUGUCUGAAAGCGAUGAUCCAAGGAUAAUACAUGAUAUUGAUUGGCCGAUGCUUAAUAAAAGUCGAUAUGUUCCUUUAAAUCUUCUAUCGACAUUUACUGUUCGUUCACUUCUUUAUCCAUUUACACUUGUUCGUACACGUUUACAAGUACAAGUACAAUCAUCAAUUUAUAAAGGAACAUGGGAUGCAUUAACAACAACUGUUCGUUAUGAAGGUUUUCGUUCAUUGUAUAAAGGUUUUCUUGUUUAUAAUUUUCAAUUAGUACCUGGUUUAAUUUAUAUAACAACAUUUGAAGCCACACGUUCACAUGCCAAUAUUUUAACUAAAAAUGAAUAUUUACGUGCUGGUUUUGCUGGUUCAACAGCUUCAUUAGUAGCACAAAUACUUGCUUGUCCAAUUGAUAUUAUAUCUCAACAUAUGCAAUUAGUUGGUUUAACAUCACCAGGAAAAAAAAUUCGUACUAAAGAUGGUAUAACAUCUGUAUCAGAUACAACAGUAACAGAAGCAAAUAUAACACGCCGACAAAUUCGUCGUAUACAUGUACCAAAAGAAAUUCGUAAUAGUAAUUAUUUAAUAUUUAAACAUAUAUGUAAAAUAGUACUCUAUGAAAAUGAAUCUAAUAAUCAUAAACCUCGCCUGAGUUUAAAAGGUUUUUAUCGUGGAUAUUUUAUUUCAACAUUUUUAUUCAGUUUAACUAGUGCAAUUUGGUGGCCAUCAUAUUAUUUUUAUCAAAGACAAAUGCUCAAUAUUGAAGCUAGAUUUCCUAAUUUAUUCCCAUUACCAUUACUUGUAAUUCAAUGUAUUGCUGGUCCAUUAUCUUCUCUUACAUCGACAUUACUUACAAAUCCACUUGAUGUAUGUCGUACACGUAUACAAGUUGAACAAGAACGACGAAAAGUUAUGCAAAUAAUGCAUGAAUUAUGGCAAGAAGAACGUUUUAAAAUAUUUACAAAAGGUUUAACAGCUCGUCUUUCUCAUUCAUGUGUUUAUUCAUUAUUUAUUAUAUUUGGUUAUGAAACAGUUAAACGAAUUUCAUUAAAAGAAGAAUAUAAAGGGCAAGUAAGAUGGUAA